UUAAUGAAUGUAAUUGAAAUAUAACUAAGAAUGAUAUAAACAUAGUUUCACUAAAAUACAAACAUUACAACGCCAAUCAAUGAAUCGAACCACACCUAAAGUAGCUUGCUGUAUAAAGUGUGUCAUUCAGUUCUUCAAUUUGCAGAGCCAUGGAAGACCAACAACAGUCACGGGAAUUGGAAGCUGUGGUAGCCAUGGUGCCAAGCCCGGGUAUGGGACAUUUCAUUCCAAUGAUUCACUUCGCCAAGAGACUCUGCCGUCACCACAACCUCCGCAUCGCUUUCUUCAUGCCCACCAACGCGCCUCCUUCUGAGGCGCAAACCACCAUCCUCACCGCCCUCCCACCUCUCAUCUCCCACACCUUCCUUCCACCGGUCAAACUCACCGACAUUCCACCCAACGCCAAAAUGGAGACUAUAAUCUCUGUCACAGUCCUGCGCUCUCUCCCUUCUCUCCGCCACGCCCUCCUCUCUCUCUCCGCCACCCACCGCGUGACCGCUCUGCUCCUCGAUUUCUUCGGCACCGACGCCUUGGACCUCGCCAGAGAACUAAACGCGCCCCCUUACCUCUUCUUCCCUUCCACCGCCAUGGUUUUGUCUUUCGCCUUGAACUUCCCUCGCCUGGACCAAGACCUUCACUUCCGGGACUUCUCCAAGCCGGUCCACAUCCCCGGCAGCACUCCGGUUCAACGAAAGGACUUGGGGGAUGCGUUUGAGGACCGGGACGACGAUGCCUACAAAUGGCUUCUCCACCACAGCAAACGCUACUGGUUAGCAGAAGGGUUCGUGGAGAAUAGCUUCCGUGAUCUUGAACCGGACACCAUAGACUUGCUGCUGAGGGAGGAACCGGGUAGGCCACCGGUUUAUCUGGUCGGACCGCUGGUAGAAGAGGAUGAAGUGAACAUGGUUGAAGGGUGUUGGUGUUUGAAGUGGUUGGACGCGCAGCCACAUGGGAGUGUGAUAUUGGUGUGUUUUGGUAGCGGCGGGACCCUGUCGAGAGAUCAGACGGAGGAACUUGCUCUGGGGUUGGAGAUGAGUGAAGAGAGGUUUGUGUGGGUGGUUAAGUCCCCCAACGAAGAAGUUGCAAAUGCUUCUUAUUUCAGCGAGGAUAAUGGUGCACACCCUUUUGAUUUCCUGCCACAGGGAUUUGUGGAGAGAACGAAAGGGAGAGGCUUGGUGGUAGCGUCUUGGGUCCCACAGGCCCAGGUGCUGAGGCACCCCUCCAUUGGAGGGUUUGUGAGCCACUGUGGUUGGAACUCGAUUCUGGAGAGUGUGGUGAAUGGGGUGCCCUUGGUGGCUUGGCCACUCUACGCUGAGCAGAAGAUGAAUGCCGUUUUGGUAAGUGAAGGCAUGAGAGUGGGAGUGGGAGUGGUGAGUGGUGAGAAUGGGGUGGUGGAAAGAGGAGAAAUUGCAAGGGUUGUGAAGAUGGUGAUGGAGGGUGAGGAAGGGAAGAAGCUACUUCACCGAAUAAAGGAGCUGAAGGAGGCGGCUGCCACGGCUCUGAGUGACGGUGGUUCUUCGUCAACCCAAAUUUCUGAAUUGGCUCUGAAGUGGAAAGCCCAAACAAAAAGUGUGAAAGUGAAAUAAGUUGUAUGCUUCCGUGUAAAAUUGAAAGAAGUUGCAUGCUUUCUUGUCUUACUCUACCUGUCUUAUGUUGUUUCAGUGUCUCUACCCACCAUUAUUAUCUUCCAUGGUGGGUGCUAUAGAUUCUUUAAUGUCUAUAGUAAGGUUAAUAAGAUCAAUUCUUAGUUUACUUUUUU